UCUUAUUGAGCACCAUAUUUUUUUGUUGGGUUGGUUUUAUCUUUCUUUUUUGGCGGGUGGAGUUGCUCUUGCUCAUGUCAUGGCUUCCACACCCACCAGUACCUCAGUGUUACAAUUUCAUGUCUGUAAUGGUGAUUUCUCUUCCAAGUUCCAAUCUUUUCUCUCUCCUAUCACUUCUUCGCCUACUUCUAGACUAAAACGACGCCGUUUCAUAUGCCAGUCAACUAAUACUGAGAAACCAAAGUCAAGGAACUUAUUGGAUAAUGCAAGCAACUUAUUGACAAAUUUUUUAAGUGGCGGAAACCUUGGGUCUAUGCCAACAGCUGAAGGAGCAGUCUCAGAUUUGUUUGGUCGGCCUCUCUUUUUGUCUCUAUAUGAUUGGUUCUUAGAGCAUGGAUCUGUAUAUAAACUUGCUUUUGGACCAAAGGCAUUUGUUGUUGUGUCAGAUCCUAUAGUGGCAAGGUAUAUUCUUCGAGAGAAUGCAUUUUCUUACGAUAAGGGAGUUCUUGCUGAAAUUCUUGAACCAAUAAUGGGUAAAGGACUCAUACCUGCUGAUCUUGACACUUGGAAACAAAGAAGAAGAGUCAUUGCUCCUGGGUUCCAUGCCUUGUACUUGGAAGCCAUGGUUAGAGUUUUCACUGAUUGUGCUGAGAGAACAACGUUGAAAUUCGAGAAGCUGCUUGAAGAUGUACAUGGGCAGGAUGGCAUUGAAUUGGAUCUUGAAUCAGAAUUCUCAAGUUUGGCACUUGAUAUAAUUGGACUUGGUGUGUUCAACUAUGACUUUGGUUCAAUUACAAAAGAAUCUCCAGUUAUAAAGGCAGUCUAUGGGACUCUUUUUGAAGCAGAACAUAGAUCUACUUUCUACAUUCCUUACUGGAAGUUUCCUCUUGCAAGUUGGAUUGUACCAAGGCAGCGGAAGUUCCAGAAGGACCUAAAGUUCAUCAAUGAUUGUCUUGACGGACUCAUAAAAAAUGCCAAAGAGACAAGACAGGAGGCAGAUGUUGAGAAAUUGCAGCAAAGGGAUUAUUCAAAUCUUAAGGAUGCCAGUCUUUUGCGCUUUUUGGUUGACAUGCGAGGCGCUGAUGUUGAUGAUCGCCAGCUGAGGGAUGACCUGAUGACGAUGCUAAUUGCCGGUCAUGAAACUACAGCUGCCGUUCUUACUUGGGCCAUUUUCCUUCUUUCUCAGAAUCCUUCCAAAAUGAAGAAGGCUCAAGCCGAAAUUGAUGAAGUGUCAGGGAAGGGAAAAAUAACCUUCGAUUCCGUGAAAAAAUUGGAGUACAUUAGGCUAAUUGUUGUGGAGGCUCUUCGGUUGUACCCUCAGCCACCAUUGCUCAUCAGACGAACUCUUAAACCAGAUUCAUUGCCAGGAGGUUACAAAGGUCAGAAAGAUGGAUACCAAAUCCCCACAGGAACUGAUAUCUUUAUUUCUGUAUAUAAUCUACACAGAUCUCCGUAUCUUUGGGAUAAACCUCAUGAAUUUGAACCCGAAAGAUUCUUGGUCGAGAGGAAAAGUGAAGAUAUAGAAGGAUGGAAUGGCUUUGAUCCAUCUCGAAGUCCUGGAGCUCUAUAUCCUAAUGAAAUAAUUUCAGAUUUCGCUUUCUUGCCUUUUGGUGGCGGACCGAGAAAAUGUGUGGGAGACCAGUUUGCUCUAAUGGAAUCAACGAUUGCUUUGGCGAUGUUGCUUCAGAAGUUUGAUGUUACACUAAAGGGCUCACCAGAUUCAGUGGAACUUGUAACAGGGGCAACAAUUCACACGAAGAAUGGACUUUGGUGUAAACUGAGGAAGAGAGCUAAUGUACAAUAAAUGCAUCCCCUUGAUCGUGUAAAAACAUUGUAUAUCUAUAUUCUUAACAUCAACAAAGUAAAAAAAAAAAUGGGGGUGAUUGAGGCGAGGAAUAAAUUUCUGAGUUUUGUUAAGAAAAGAGAUGAGUCAAUCAUGUAGAUUUUUAAGAAAAAUAACUUCAAGCUUGAUGUGUCAAGUGAGGAAAGAUUCAUCGACUAAUUUUAAUCAAACCUUGAAAAACUUGAUGCCGA